AUGCACAAGAGGUACCUGGAGCGCUCCAGCUGAUCCGCGGAGAGAGCUGGCGGGAGGACGAUGAGGUGCUGGAGAAACAGCUGUACUCCGACGCCCAGGAAUGUCUCAGCCUUCUGUCGCAGCGUCUGGGAACUCAGAAAUUCUACUUCGGGGACUGCCCCGCCUCCCUGGACGCACACAUCUUCAGCCACCUCGCCCCAAUCCUGAACGUCAAACUGCCCAACAACCGCCUCCAGCAGCACCUGAGAUCCCUGCCCAACCUGUGCCAGUACUGCACCUCCAUCCUCACCAUCUACUUCACCCGGGACUGCGAGACCCUCCCCCGCAUUUCACCAAAGACCCCGACAACCGAGUCUCCAGACCUCGAGGGACGAGCCCCAUAAGAGGCGGAACCAGGUCCUGUCGGGUGGCGUUCGGCGUGAUGGCGAUGAUCAGCUACGCUCUGCUCAGCGGAAUAAUCUCUAUACACCGCGCGUCGGGGGGCGGGGCCCUGGAGCCCGCCAUCGCCAUGGAGGACAAUGAGGAGGAGGAAGACUGA